UUUCAAGAGCAUCUCCGCUGAAAGUAACAAUUUGAAUCACUUGUAACCAAUAGCUCAACCACAAUACAUCAUGGCUUCUGAUAUGGAAUACGUCCGUCUUGGCAACUCCGGCCUCAAGAUCUCCAAGAUCAUCCUGGGUACCAUGUCCUAUGGCACCAGACAAUGGCAGGACUGGGUACUGGACGAGGAGGAAGCCCUCCCCUUGAUCGAGCACGCCUAUAAGCGCGGAAUCAACACCUGGGAUACGGCUGACGUCUAUUCCCACGGUCGCUCGGAGGAGAUCAUCGGCAAGGCGCUGAAGCAAUUCAACAUCCCGCGUGAUCGGGUUGUCAUUUUGACCAAGUGCUUCUUCGGCGUGGACGAUGAAGGGGGCAUGCCUCCCAUCUCGGCCUGCGGCCGGAACGACGCCGGAUUCGUCAACCGCGUUGGCCUUUCUCGUAAGCACAUCUUCGAUGCUGUGGACGCCAGCGUCCAGAGACUGGGCACCUAUAUCGACGUGCUGCAGAUCCACCGGCUGGACCGCGACACGCCUCGCGAGGAGAUCAUGCGGGCGCUCAACGAUGUAGUUGAGAGUGGGAAAGUGAGAUAUAUCGGCGCCAGCACGAUGGCCGCCUGGGAAUUCCAGACCCUGCAGAACAUCGCCGCCCGCAACGGCUGGCAUCAGUUCAUCUCCAUGCAGAACUUCCACAACCUGCUGGCCCGCGAGGAAGAGCGAGAAAUGAUCCCCUAUUGCCAGGACGCGGGCGUGGGCCUGAUCCCCUGGUCGCCCAUGGCGCGGGGCGUGCUGGCGCGGCCCUGGGGCUCGCGCUCGACGGUGCGCGAGUCGACCGACGGCGCCCUCAAGUUACUGAUCCGCAGCCGCGAGACGGAGGCCGACAAGGCGAUCGUGGACCGUGUCGAGGAGCUCGCCCAGAAGAAGGGCGUGAGCAUGGCGCAGAUCGCCAUCGCCUGGUCCCUGAGCCACCCGAAGGAGAACCCGAUCCUGGGCCUCAGCAGCAAGGAGCGCAUCGACGAGGCCGUUGCGGCCAUCAAGGUGCAGUUGACCGCCGAGGAGAUCAAGUAUCUGGAGGAACCGUAUGUCCCUCGGGCAGUGUCGAGCUUGGAGCGGUGAUUUCGAGGCGCGUUAGAUUCGAGGUAGUCUUUGUUUUCUGUUAAAAUAAAACAUUUUCUGCAUGAAGCAGCCUUCCUACGCUCGGGACACAAGUCCACCGAACUGGACCUUCAUACUAUACUACAAAUACAAACCCUGGGUGAUUAACUCGCCAUGCGCAUCGCGUGAGACUAUCACUGCUGGAAGUAAGGCAAUCAGAACAAAUAUGCUAUAGG